CCCGCCCCUAGUGGGCACCUGCGCCACUUCCUGGUCCGAAGUCUGGACGCGUCUUCAUGGAGCUGGGAGACCUGCUGCGGUUCUCCCACUGCGGGCGGACGGUGUUCACGGAUGCCGACGCGGGCCUGCUCCUGCGCUGCCCCGAGUGCGGCCUGGCGCCGAGUUUAUCCCUGGCGGAGGCCCCAGUUCGCCUGCGCGCGCCCGUUGUGAACGGACAUCGCACCGGCUGCUGCUUCCUGGUCACGUCACGGUACGGCGCGGUCGGCCUCAGUGAAGAAAGUGACUGUGAGCUUCAUGUGGGCAUCUCCGACUCUGAAGGUGCGGUGUGGAGUUAUAGCGAGUCGGGUGUUCGGCGCCAGCGCCACGGCUGGGAGCAGAGCAUCGCCGUCCCUCUGGUGGCCCCUGGCGAUUGCAUCCCCGACUGGGACAUGCGGCUGGAGCACUUUGCCACUCUGGACGAGUGGACGCAAGAGAGGUUUGAGGAGCAGAGGGAGUUUGGCUCCUGUUGCUACGGUUUCGCCUUGGGGUUCAUCAACCAGCUGAUGACGUCGCAGGGUAGGCGACCGAUCACGAAGGAGCAUUUCACCUCCGACCUGGUGCUCCCCCGAGUGAAAGCAGCCUCCGACUAUCUGGGGGUAUUCCGUUACAUCUCUCGUCACGGAUAUUGGACCGCCUGAGCUGGCCAAGUACUCAUUUCUCCCAGGGACCCUGAACUCACCCGUCGCAAGUGUGUUGCCGUGGCGACGGAAUACACCUGUGUGGAAACUUGACACUGGAGUGCUCAUGUCACAGGUGUCUCAGUACUUUUCCAUCCGACCCUAGUUUCUGAUUAGCAAAAAUGUUGCCUUGCUUUGGAUAUGAUAACAUUCGUACAAUAAUCCCAUCCAAAUGAGCAGAAAGGGAUGUCAUCAGUCAGUGUUGUACAGCACAAUAAAGAUGGGCUAUGUCUCUGUCA